AUGGCGACUGUUGCCAAAGGCCGACGAUCCCAUCGAAAAACAAGGACCGGCUGUUUGCAAUGCAAACAAAGAAAAGUCAAGUGUGAUGAAAACAAACCUGGCUGUCAAAACUGUACAAGACGCGAUGUCGCGUGUUCGUUCGCUGAAGUUCCACGUCCAAUCUCGUCCAGCCAUGAACAGCCUACCGCCUCACCAGGAAGUGCCACUCCAGUCGCCUUAUCGCUAUCUCCAGCUCAUCAAAGUCUGGACUCACAACCUACCAUUCCAACAAACCUCCAGGGAUUUGACAUCUUCGACAUGCAGCUCUUACAUCAUUUUAUGACGACCACUUGUUACACUUUAUCCCGGGCCCCAGUUGUCCAGGCAGUCUGGCGUGACGAAGUACCUCAAAUUGCAUUCACAAUGCCAGGUGUACUACACGCCAUGCUGGCCGUCUCGGCCCUGCAUCUCGCCUGGUCCGACCCAUCCAAGGCGACUGCCUGUAUUGCCCAGGCACACCGGCACCACAACGUCGCAGUCCAAACCGUGACACCAAACAUACAGUCCCUCGCUUCUGAAAAUAGUGCUGGGUUGUUUGUUUUCUCAUCACUUACGUGCAUUUUUGCAUGCGCCAACGCUCAGUCCACUUUCGUUGGUUUAUUUGAACACGGCCAUCUCGCGGAGUGGGCUCACCUUUUCCGUGGAACUCGGACAGUCGUGGACUACAGUAGUCAAGACUUCCAUUUCGGACCCCUUGGUCCAAUGUUUACCCACGGGACUAAUGCAUCGAUUAAUCGUCGAAGCCCAGAAGCACUACAACAGGGACAGAUGUAUGUUUGGGAGUUGAAACAACUGAUCUCUCGCGAAUGUUUGCACGACGAAAAAUUACAGCUUGUUUAUGACCGGUCUUUGGAAGGACUAGCACGGACACUGGCGGUUGCUAUGAAGCCUGGUGAGGGGCCAAGGCUUCAAACUGGUGAGGUUUUUGCCUGGUUGUUUGAAGCAUCAAAUGACUACCUAGACCUUCUGGGACAGGAGAAACCAAUCGCAAUCAUCAUCUUUGGAUACUUUUGUGUGGCAUUGUGUCAAAUUGAAUGGAUGUGGUGGAUUGAAGGACUUAGCACUCGGCUUAUGACACAAUUGCAUAAUGUGUUAAAUGACGAAUGGCAAAACUGGCUGAAGUGGCCGAAAGAGCAAAUUGGUUGGACUUUACCCAACGCCAAAUGA